GAAACCCAACGAGCGCAGCGCCGUACGUGAACCCUACCUCCACCAGCCCACUUUAUGCCAAGGUGGAGGUCACCUCCAUCACUGUCGCUGAGGAUGCUAUCGUCACCUCCACUGCACUCCGUGAGCCCUAACCCUAGAUUCCACCACGCUUCUUCAAUUUCGCCGCCCUCCAAUCGACCUCCUCAGCCGUUCUUCAACCCCAGUAGGAUUCCGGUCUCCGAUUCUCGCGGCGUCCCUCUAAGCAUGACGCUUUCCAGGUGCUUCUCCGGGCCCACCAGUCCGGUCCCGAUUCCCAGGUCACCCGAGUCGGAUAACUCGGAUUCGCAGAUUCUCGUGGUGGUCUCCUUCUACAAGUUCGCUGAUUUUCCUGACCAUGCUCGUCUGCGGCAACCAUUGAAGCAGCUCUGCGAAGAACUGCGUGUUUCAGGCGGUAUCAUACUUGCACCGGAAGGGAUAAACGGGAGCAUUUGUGGGACAAGAGAAUCGGUGGAGAAAGUUCUUGAGUUCAUCCAGAGUGAUAACCGCCAGGGACUAAGAAGAUUGGAGUCACCUGUGAGUCCUGAGGAUGAAGCCAUCCAUCAUGGACACACUAGUAGUUCUCCUCUGGCGGCAGGGGAAGACGCGCCUUUCAGAUGGGAUCAUGUGAGGGUCAAGUUGAAGAAGGAGAUUGUUAGUCUUGGAAUGCCUGAUGUAUCGCCAAUUGAAAAGGUCGGAAAGUAUGUGAGUCCACGGGAUUGGAAUACAUUAAUUAGCGAUCCAGAUACGGUUGUUAUUGAUGUACGGAAUAAUUAUGAAACUAGAAUAGGGAAGUUCAAAGGAGCAGUUGAUCCAAGUACUAAAGCAUUCCGGGAGUUCCCAUCUUGGGUAGACGAUCAAUUUCAACCUUCCGAACCUGAGAAUGGUGAUCCGGAGGUGCAAGUCAAGAGUCCAAAUGGAAGCCCCAACAAUCAGCUGGAUACAUCAAAACCAAAAACAUCUCUGAAAGUUGCCAUGUACUGUACUGGGGGCAUUAGAUGUGAGAAAGCUUCAAGUUUUCUCCUCAGCAAGGGCUUCGAAGAGGUCUAUCAUCUAGAAGGUGGAAUUCUGAAGUAUCUUGAGGAAGUUCCGCCGACAGAGAGCCUGUGGGAGGGAGAGUGCUUCGUCUUUGACAAGAGGGUCUCAGUUGAGCAUGGCUUAGCACAGGGAACUCACAAGUUAUGCUAUGGGUGUAAGCAACCGGUCAGUGAUGCAGAUAUGGAGUCUCCUCAGUGGGAAUACGGAGUCACUUGUCCGUACUGUUUCUUGUCAAAAUCUGAUGAAGAGAAGGAGAGGGCACGAGCUCGACAAAGGCAGUUUGAGACAUGGGGGAUCAUUGGUGGUCCGGACAAGGGACGCAAACCGAAUGGUAUCAAGCAGAACGCUACUCAACUUUCAAAUUCAGUUUAAAUAGAGACUUAGAGAAGGAGAAAAGAAUGUUUCGAAAAUCGACAUGGACAUGUUGAAUGAUAAAUCAGGCGUGAGAUGUUUUUCUGUUAAGAAUCUAGCAUCUGAAAUGUUGCAAACUCCACAUGUAGCUGGUUUUCUUGAUUAUUCCUUUCGAAUGCGGUUUCGAGCAUAAAUUCUCGGAAAGGGGGUGCAGCUUGUAAUGAGAGGCAAACUUGCGACCUUUCACUUAUGAGACACGAACUUAAGUGCAGAUGAGAGAGACACGAGUGCAUACGAGAUACACUGCUCUAGUGAACUUAGCUGAACUCCUAUGACGCGGUUAUGCUCAUGUUUUCACGGUGUCAUGUGAUCAAUUUGAGGUGUUUGUUUUAUAGGCCCAACUCCAUGUCUCUCUCCGUAGUUUUGGCCCAUGAGAGUCGCAUUCGAAACAGAAUUUUACACGGUCAAUUCAAUUCCUUAAAAAUUGGAAAAAGCAAAAAUGAUUAAAAAAUGAACCCUAAUCCUUUGCUUAAGGAUUAAAUGAUUUGAAUUAUUGAAAUUUAAUCAAACGAUCAUAAUUAUUAUAACUUUUAGAGGACUUUCAUGUUUGUAGCCGUUAAAUCAAAUUUCAAUUAUCGGAUCAUUUGAUUCUUAGGUUCAUAAUCAUUAGAUCUGGAAGGGAUUUGGAUUCUUAAAAAUAAUCUGAUAAAAAUGAAAAAGAAAAAAAAAAAAAAUAUAGACACAUUGAUUAAGUGAGAUUAUUUCUGGGUCCCACAAACCAUCAGAACAAUCUAACGGUAGAAGAUUAAUGAUCAAGUGAUACAGUAUCCCAGUGACCGACCGCACCGGAAGGAUCUAGCUUUAUUAUGCAGGGAACAUUCUGGCAGUGACAUGAGAAACAAAGCUUUCGCUCAUUUAAUUUGUGUGACUUUGAGAGCGUUAGGGCUGAGAAUACAGAAAGUCGGAGAAAAUGGCAGGUGAAUUGAGUAUGUUCAAGUUCGUGAAGCCAAGGCUUCGUCCCCAUACUACCGAUCUCCAAUCCGCCGUCGGGUGGGGCGUUGCCGCCUUUACCGGUGCGCUUUGGCUCGUGCAGCCGUUUGAUUGGAUUAGGAAGACGUUUAUUGAGAAGCCGGAGCCGGAAGCUAAGUGAGGAAGGGAAUUGAACAUUCUGGUAAAACUUUUGGGUUUCUGUUUUGUGGACUGAUAUAACCAUGGGACAUCAUGUUUUGAUGAGACUACAGUUGCAGAGUUUAUGCAAAUAAUCUUGUACUUUUGUACCCUUGAUCGUCGUUAAUUACAUGUUGAUCGUCGUUAAGUACGUGUUGAUCAUCGUUAAUUACAAUGCGAAGGACUUUAUUUGCAUUAUUUUACUAAUUAUAGCGUCUUUGUUUGUGCA